CAUUUCUGCAUUAUUAAUAUUAUUUAUGAAUUAUAGUAAUAACACUGUUUAUCAUAAAAAAAGAAGCCAUGCUCCUUCCUAUGAUGACAUCGACAUAGCUCCCUCUGGUAUUAUACCAAAAAAGAGGUUUAUUUCCGAGGAAAGUUUUGCAAAGGACAUGGCUGCCAUGUCACUUGAUUCUUCAAAUGAAUAUUUACCUCAACAGUUAAUACAACCAUAUCAACCCACUUGUUAUCAGUUUGAUAACAAUAUUGAUAAAACUGAACUUACUAAGAAUAAAAUAAGAAUUGAUGAUAUUGAUCAGUUCUUAUGUGAUGAUGAAGACAACAGCUUUAUCGAUAAUAUGGAGGAGAUAACUACUGAACAAAAGAGACUUAUUGAUAAUGGCCUUUUAUUAGAGUUAAAACCUGGUGAUAAAAAACCUAGGAUUCCAGACUUUGUACUUGCAAACUCCUCCAAUCUAAUAGAGCUGAUGGAUCCAAGAGAUAAAAUAGCAAUUACAAAUAUAUUACAGCCUAACAAAAGUAAACAACAUAUUGAAAUCUUAAAUCAUCCUAAAAUACUAUCUUAUAAUUCAAUGGAUAUUGAUUAAAAAUGAAUCUUUAUUGUAAAAGUAAUA